AUGAAGCUCUCCAGCGUCUUAUUGGCAGUACUAGUCACUACCGUCGGCGCAAAGCACAAGCCUCAGGAAGUUGAUUCUCUGGCUGCCCAAGGCCUACACAAACUGGAAGCCUACUAUUCUAAGAACGCAUUGCCGAACCCAAAAACAUGUACUCUAGAUAAUGUAGCUGUACGAAGGGAAUGGUCAACCUUGAGCGAAUCGGAGAGGCACAAUUAUAUCGACGCAGUCAAAUGUCUAGCAAAGCUACCUGCAAAGACUCCUGCUGCCAUCGCUGCAGGCGCAAAGAGUCGAUACGAUGAUUUGGUCGUGACCCAUAUCCAGCAAGCGUUCACAAUCCAUGGAACAGCCAAUUUCUUGACAUGGCAUCGCUAUUACACUUGGGCGUUUGAACAAAUGCUGAGAAAAGAAUGCGGCUAUAGAGGUUACCAGCCGUACUACAAUUGGGGCUACUGGGCAGAUAACCCCAAAGCCUCACCUCUCUUCGAUGGCAGCGGCACAAGCAUGUCCGGAGACGGCGCAUAUGUGGCGAACAGAUCUUCGGUCUGCUUCCCCUCAAUCGAAAUGUGCUAUAUCCAGCUUCAGCCUGGAAGUGGAGGAGGAUGCGUAACAUCAGGACCAUUCAAGGACUGGAAAAUCAACAUGGGCCCGUUGGCAGCCGUCUCACAGCCCCCUCCGAAACCGAACCCCCAACCUGACGGCCUAGGCUACAAUCCCCGCUGCCUCAGUCGCGACAUCAGCCUGCAAUCCGCCAAUGAGACGCGCGAUGACGUCGUUGCCUCUCUGAUCAGAGACCACAAAGAUAUCGGGAGUUUCCAAACCGUGUUUGGAGGAGAAUUUGCAAAAGGAAAGAUGGGCGCUCAUGUUGGCGGGCACAACACAAUAGGAGGGGAUGCUGGAUCAGAUUUUAUCAACUCACCUGCUGAUCCGGCGUUCUUCCCGCACCAUGCGAUGGUUGAUCGUGUAUACUGGACUUGGCAGAAUCUUGACCUCGCGAAGAGAAAGGACGCGAUUGCUGGUGGGGUAUCGGGCGUUGGGGAUGGAGGGGCCAGGGGAACGCUGGACGAUGUUUUGACCUUGGGGGAGUAUGUUGGAGUGGGAAAUAUAACCAUCAGGGAUGCGAUGAGUACUAUUGGGGGUCCGUUUUGCUACGUGUAUGCGUAG